AUGAUUGUGUACGAGGCACCAAAGUGGGUGCCCCAGUUGCCAAACCGUCCAGACAACAUUCCAAUUGGCGACUUCGUACUCAACCCAGCCUACGGACGUGCAGAUCCUAGCAAAUCAAACCCACCGUAUGUUUGCGGUCUUACCGGCAAGACAUAUUCAGUUACCGAAGUCGCUUCAAGAGUCGAGCUUGCUGCUCGAGCUAUCAAGAAUGUCUUAAAGAUUGACGAUAUCCACAAGGGUGGCCAAGCUGCUGGAUUUUCUCAAUGGGAGAGAGUCGUGGGGGUCUACAGCAUCAACUGUAUCGAUUAUGUCCCACUCUGCUAUGCAGUCCAUCGUGUCAAUGGCAUCACGAGUCCAGCAAAUGCUGCCUACAAUGCCGAUGAACUUGCAUAUCAGCUGAGGGAUUCGAAAGCGAGGGUACUGUUCACCUGUGUACCACUUCUCGAUACCGCUAUCCAGGCUGCCAAUGCAGAGGGUGUUAAAAUUCCGAAGGAGAACAUAUUCUUGCUUCCUAUCCCUGAUGUAGUGACCACAGAGGAAAUGCGAAGGAAGGCUCAGGGUUUCCGAACCUUUGACGAUCUUGUUGAAGAAGGGAAGAAGUUGAAGGAGGUUGAGCCUCUUAGGUGGGGAAAAGGAUGUUCCAGAGAAAAGGUUGCAUUUGUUUCUUACUCGUCUGGGACGAGUGGUUUGCCGAAAGGAGUCUUGAUCUCUCACUUUAACAUAAUUACAAAUGUUCUUCAAGUGGCUGAAUACUCCAAAUCAUUCAGAGACUCCAGAGAACCUACAAAAGUCCUUGCGCUUCUUCCACAAUCACACAUCUACGCCUUAGUAGUCAUCAACCAGACGGAACCCUUCAUGGGAAACUCAGCUGUUGUUCUUCCCAAAUUUGAGCUACAGUCGUUCUUAACAUGUAUCCAGAACUUCAAGCUCAGUUUCCUCUUCUUGGUGCCACCACUCAUGAUUGUUAUGGCCAAGAACAAGGCCAUCUUGGACAAAUUCGACCUUUCUCCUGUUAAGUACAUUAUGACAGGCGCUGCUCCUUUGACAGAGGAACUCAGCUUGGAGAUGACAAAGUUGUACCCGGGGAUGAAGGUUGUCCAAGGAUACGGCAUGACUGAAUCCUCUACUGUCGUUUCUUUUACCUCUGGCAUCGAUAUUUGGCACGGUUCAUCCGGUUGCAUUUUGCCUGGUAUCAAAUGUCGCGUGGUUAAUGCCCAAGGCCAGGACGUCGGUGAAAACGAACCCGGCGAGCUCCUCGUCAGUGCCGACAACGUUGUCAUCGGCUACCUCAACAACCAAAAGGCCAACGACGAAACCUUCAUCGUCGAGCACGGUCAUAGAUGGCUUCGUACCGGCGACGAAACCAUUGUCAAAAAAUCAUCAUCUGGGAAUCAACACUUGUUCAUCGUAGAUCGCCUCAAGGAGCUCAUAAAAAUUAGUGGUUUUCAAGUAGCUCCGGCCGAACUCGAAGGGCACCUGUUGAACCAUCCAAAGGUUGCAGAUUGUGCUGUUAUCCCCGUCCCCAAUGAGAGAACUGGAGAGUUGCCAAAGGCGUUUGUGGUCUUAAAUCCAGGCUAUGAAGCGUCGAAGGAGACUGCGGCAGAGAUCAUGAAGUGGGUGGCUGAUCACAAGUCAAAACAUAAAAGGUUGGGAGGUGGCGUGGAGUUUAUUGACAUUAUUCCAAAGAGUCCAAGUGGUAAAAUCUUGAGACGCUUGCUACGAGACAAGGAGAGGGAGAAGAGAAAGAAGGAAGGGGCGAAGCUCUAA